CUGGGCAGGUGUGGUGUUGUUGAUGCCUUUGAUGGAAUCUAGAGCAUCACUGAGUAGAUUCUCUGAAAUCCUACAGAAUUGGGUUUGACCAUCUUGACUAGUAGGUAAUCCUAAUUUCUAUAUUCAUCUCCCUCGGACCCUCACCCCAAAACUAACAUUUUUCAGACCUUUUUUUUUCCUUCGGUCAUAAUACCUUCAUGCCGCUUCUGAUCAUCAAUCAUCAACCCACAGAGAAAAAGACGCUACAAAGAAUCUCGACUUCAAGCAAACACCCUGGCUCUCUCUUGAUUUCUCCCUUUUGUUUAAUUUUAAAGUGUCUUCUGCUCCUAAUUAUUCUUUUGCGUCAUUUGUUGAAAUCAAAAGUUAUCUAUAGAUUGUGAACUGCAAACGUGUAAUGAUCUGAUAUUCUCUUUGCGGUUCCCAGAAACCCUAUAAAGCUUAAAGGGUAAUGCAAAAGCCUUUUUUGUUUUUUAUGGGUUUGCUUUAGUUUCCAGAAUUUUCACUCUCUUGUCCCUCUCUCUUUCCCUAGAAUUCAAUCAUUUCGUUUACCCAGUUGAAUUUUACUGCAACUUUGUGUGCCCCAAUAUUCACUUAGGUAUUUGGUAUCUGUAUCUUCACAUUGGCCCAUGUAUUUGCAUCCUUUUGUUGUCAUAGUGUUUUCAUAGGCAUUCUAUGUCAAUCGCCUGUUGCCUUCCUGUCCUUGAAUGUGUAUACUGCCUGGGCUGCGCUGGUUGGCUGUGGAAAAAAUGUCUCUACACUGCAGGACAUGAAAGUGAGAACUGGGGCCUAGCCACUGCAGAAGAAUUUGAGCCUGUCCCUCGCCACUGUCGUCUCGUUCUUGCUGUCUACGAAGAUGACCUUCGAAACCCGGUUUGGGAACCCCCUGGAGGGUAUGGCAUCAAUCCUGAUUGGUUAAUUCUGAGGAAAGAUUAUGAGAAAACUGGAGGGUCUGCUCCUCCAUACAUGAUUUACCUUGAUCAUGAUAAUGCUGAUAUAGUCUUGAUUGUAAGAGGACUGAACUUGGCAAAGGAAAGUGAUUAUGCUGUAUUGCUUGAUAAUAAGCUUGGCCAGACCAAGUUUCAAAAUGGGUAUGUGCACAAUGGGCUUCUGAAGGCGGCACAGUGGAUAUUUGAUAUGGAAUUUGAGAUCUUGAGAGGGCUGGUGGAGAGUUAUCCAGGAUAUAGAUUGACUUUUACUGGCCAUUCCCUUGGGGCUGGGGUGGUGGCAUUGUUGGUGAUGUGCGCGGUUCAAUUCCGGGAAAAAUUGGGCAACAUUGAGAGGAAGCGGAUCAGAUGCUAUGCAAUUGCUCCCAUAAGGUGUAUGUCACUGAAUUUGGCUGUGAGAUAUGCAGAUGUUAUCAACUCUGUCGUGCUCCAGGAUGAUUUCUUACCUCGGACAACCGCAACAUUGGAAGAUGUUUUCAAAUCACUUUUAUGUUUGCCAUGUUUAGUCUGCCUAACGUGCUUGAAGGAUACAUGUACUUUUGAGGAGAAGAUGCUUAAAGAUCCCAGGCGGCUCUAUGCUCCCGGUCGACUAUACCAUAUUGUCGAGAGAAAACCCUUCAGGAUUGGAAGAUUUCCACCAGUUGUGAGAACUGCAGUUCCUGUGGAUGGGAGGUUUGAGCACAUAGUUCUUUCCUGCAAUGCAACGUCUGACCAUGCCGUCAUUUGGAUAGAAAGAGAAUCUCAAAGAGCUCUCGAUUUAAUGUUGGAGAAGGAUCAAUUAAUGAAGAUCCCGCAGAUACAAAGGAUGGAGCGGCAGGAGUCUCUUGCUCGAGAACACAGCGAGGAGUACAAUGCAGCUCUUCAGAGAGCCGUUGCUUUGAACAUUCCUGAGGCUCAUUCACCUCCAUCGUACGGAACAUUUCACGACUUGGAAGAAGGGGAGAGCUCUGAAAGAUCAAGUGGUGAAACAUCAUUGAUGUCAAUCAAAAAAAAGAUAAGUGAAAGUUGGGAUAAAUUUGUAGACCGUAUUUUUGAUGUCGAUGAAUCUGGUCGUAUAGUGUUCAAGAAGCAAAUCCCACAAACCUCUCAAAGAUUAAUUUCCUAGCUUAGCCUACAAAUCGAAUUCUUUCUUUCAUAUCAUGCAUUAUUAUUUUUUUUGGCUUGGGUCACCAAUUUCUGCUGUGCAUGUAAAUUCUUUCUUGGGAAAUAAAGGUGAAAAAAGAUUGUUUGAUCAAUUACAUCAAAUGACUGAUGGUGAAUGUCUUUUCUCUUGACAUGUGCU